ACUACUUUACCCGCGUAAUAUUAGCACGUGUCAGUACAUCGGCAUGUAAACAACUUGCACAUUGUAAUUUCGCUAUCUAAAAAGUCAUCAUGUCGAGGGCGGCUGGUACACUGAUUACAACAAACAAUGCAACCUUUAUUCCCCCAAGGUUCAUGCCUGGGUACCAAGGCCACUGUCCAACAACAAAAUAUGAUUAUGGUGAAACAUAUGGAGAAGCAACAUCAAAGCAUUUCCAAGAUUACCGUUCCAGAGUUUUAAGUGCAUCAGCUGACCCUUACUGUCGCGGUGGUGAAUUUCCAACAUACUACACACACAGACCAGAAACAGUCAUUAGCAAUAGAGCAAGAAAUAGGGACAGAUGGCUAUUAACACCAAAAUAUUCAUUAACAAAUGUAGAUUUUGAUAGAAAAGAAGAAUUAAAAUCAUAUGACAGGCUUGCACAGAGACAUAGAGAACAUUACGUUGACAAAUCAGGAACAGUUAAAAGAACUGCACACUUUGAUAUACCUAGUGAUGCUGAAGAUCAAUUACGUAGAAAUGUUAAGUUUGUUAUAAUGUCUACCCGACAUUCAGAUAACAUCAAUCUGCCAUACCUAGAUCAUGAGGCAAGAAGAUCACCUCUUAUACGAAGAUUUGCUGACAGAAGUUCCCAACGAGACAGAGAAAUGAGGGAUGUUAUUUUUGAAAAGCGAUAAUAGGAUAGACAAAUUAGUUAUGUUGUUUUGAUGUCCACACUUUAUGUAUUUGCUUCAUUUCUAUAAAAAAAUCCAUAAAGAGAUUUGAACUGAAGGCAAAAAUUAAGAAAAGCAAGAAACAUUUCAUAUUUAUCAGCUUUGUAAUCUUACUGCAAGCUUCAGUAGUCAAAUUUCUAUAUAUGAUCAUUAAUUGAUGAAAAUUACAAUCUGAAAACAGAUCCCCAAAAAAGUGUAUGCUAACUUGUACAUGUAAUAAAUUAUAGAAGAGAAGCCUUUAAAUGAAAAUUAUUUAUUGUUUAAAGUAUUUGUUUCUUUUGUUUUUUAAAGAAUUUACUAUUGUUGAAAUGUGAUAAUAAUUUUUACUAUUUUUUAUAAAUUAUAUCUUUACAAUGAGUUUACAAUUUUUUCAUAAUAUAUGUUAUACAAUCUAUCCUAUUCAUGUUAAUGAGAAUUUUACAGUUCAACUGGUGGUAGUUCUGAAUGUCUCAAAAAGGAUAAUUUGGAGUAAUUGCACAUUUUAUAUACUGUUUAUAGUAGAUUUGUAAUAGUUUUAUUGUUCUGCUGUUUUGUUGUUUUGAUUUUAAAGGGAUAUAAUUCACUUAAGAAAUCUUGUCAAACAAACUUUUCGACUUAUAAUUUUCGAUAUUUGACCAAAUAAUUACUAGAAGAACAUUAUAUAAGAUAAGAUAAAAAAAAAAAUGUGAAUAAGCAAAAUUGUCAGUCAUUUACAUUGUGCAUAAUUCUGUGAUAAUUACCUGUUAUAUUAUAAUAAAUUUUAAGUGUCUGUA